UACAGCAAUAACUAUCUCCAGCUCUUCACAGUUGACAGAUCUCACUAUUGCCUCUCUACUUCGUCUUUCAGCUCUGCUCGCCUUACUGUUUCGUCACUUCUUGACUUUAGCAACGAUCAACCACGUCUCUUCAAUCUUGUUGCUCCAAGCGAACCCGCAGUGAUUACCGGAAAACAACGAGACUAACCAAAGGAUCAAAUUUCAUCACAACCAUCAUUCAACUUGUGUAACGACAGGCCGACAGACAGCGGACAGCAGAGCAGCAAUAUCGCCUCGCGCUGUACCCUUCACUGUCAUUUCACCGCUUGCUCCGGUCUCUGAACUUCUCAAGUCGCGUUCCGAUUUGAGAGUACGACUCAGCCUUCUCAGUAGCUCGUACGUGAACACGGACCAUGUCUUCAUCGAUUUCAGCUUCCUCGACAACGUCAGCAACAGCGUCCGCGAGCACGUCGGCAGCAGGCAUCGUUGAUUCUAGCUCAAACUCAGUUUUCAAGCUCGUCGGCAUCUGUCUUGCCGUCGGUAGCGGUCUUCUCAUCGGAACAAGUUUUGUGAUCAAGAAGAAGGGGCUAAUCAAUUCCACGGAAAAGUAUGGGAACCAAGCAGGAGAGGGCCAUGGGUAUCUGAAGAGUUGGAUAUGGUGGGCGGGAAUGUUGACAAUGAUUGUUGGAGAGAUCUGCAACUUUGUGGCUUAUGCAUUCACAGAAGCCAUUUUGGUGACUCCCAUGGGUGCCCUCUCAGUAGUCGUGGCCGCUAUAUUAUCACAUUUCAUGCUGAAAGAAAAGCUCACGUUUUUUGGUUGGAUAGGAUGUACACUUUGUAUUAUGGGAGCCGUCAUUAUCGCUCUCAAUGCCCCGGAAGAGCAAUCUGUCACCACAAUCAAUGAGUUCAAGAAGAUGUUUUUAUCUGUCGGAUUCCUCGUUUGGGCUUCACUUUCUAUCGCAGCAAGUCUGGUGGUGGUAUUCUUUGUCGCACCAAAAUACGGGAAAAAGAACAUGAUGCCGUAUAUUAGUAUUUGUUCUUUGAUUGGAGGUAUCAGUGUCAGCUGUACUCAAGGGUUGGGUGCAAGUAUUUUGACGAGUAUCCAAGGCGAUAACCAAGUGAAGAACUGGUUUUUUUGGUUCUUGUUUGUUUUUGUUAUCGUCACACUAUUAACCGAGAUCAACUAUUUGAACAAAGCUUUGGAGCUCUUCAACACUUCCAUGGUCGUCCCAGUAUACUUUUGUUUCUUCACUUCCGCAACCCUCAUCACCUCGUUUAUCCUCUACAAAGGUCUCAAAGCCUCAGCAGUUACGCUGAUUACUAUGGUCCUUGGCUUCCUCGUCACGUGUCUUGGUAUCACUCUCCUCCAGCUCUCCAAAGUUAAUCCCAAAGAGCUUGCCAACAAACUGGAUCGCAAAUCCACUAUACUUAUGGAGGCAUCAAGACAUCAGACAGAGGAUGCAGAGAAAGGUCAGGUGUCAAGCUACGAAGAUCCGGGCAUGGAUGCGCUGAGAGGAGGUUUCGGUGCAGUGGGCAGUAUCAUCAGAGCAAGGAGUGUGAAUAGACGCAUGAGUAAUGCUAGCACCCUGAACGGAGGGAAGUAUGGCGCUGCCAACUUGUCUACCCACGGUUUGGAACAUUUACCGAGAUUCCAAUUGUCUGACAAUCCCAUGCCUUCCGAUGCUAUGAGCCAAAUUUCAUUACACUCGGCCAAGUCUCCAACCAUUUUGAGUGGAAAAAGUUUUAGAAGUCCACAUGACCAGUACCCCUCUCCUCAGCGGUCAAAGAGCAUCAAAUUUGAGGAAGGCGACAUUGUCCACCAAUAUCAUUACAACCAAGGACCCGACCAAGACGCCAUGCACACCUAUCUUCCUUUCUCGGCUGACCAUCACAACGGUUACCGCCACAGCUCUGGUCCUAUUUACCCACCUGUCAUGGAAGAAGACGAAGAUGCAUAUGAGAAGGAAGUCGAGGCAAACAGGGAAAACGGAUCGAGCCGUACAAAGGUGCACGUUGAUGGUGCCUCAGAAGAGGUGUUGGCUGAACCUCUGAGCUACAACGACCCCUACGCUAUCUAUCCCGCGCGAGCCAAUGUACCUCAGAUUGCACGGCCGUCGGGCACGAAUAAAGGUCUCAGCGGGCUAUUUAGCUUUCAGUCUGGCCCGGAUCUCUCCCUUCAUAUCCCACAUAUCAACCGAAACCGGGAUAGCAGCAACGAGAAAUCUCCCAGACGGGAGCACCACGAUUAUCCGACUUUGUCGAAGAAGGACAGAAACAAUGCACAAGAGCGGGAAGAGAGGCAAGCGUUGGUAGGAGGAGAUGAUGAUGAAAGUGGAGGAAGGCAUAGGAGUGAUAGCAAUGUGAGCUCAUCACUGAGUGUUAGCGAUGGCGAGACGAGGGAGAGUGAACAGCCGCAGAGUGCUGUGUCAACGCAAGCAACAAUAGGAAUGUGUACCAGAGUGCAGAUAGGGCAGGGUUCACCUGCAAGACAGGGAGCGUUUACGUCGAAUGGUACUAGUGGUGCAGUGCCAGAACGAAGAAAUUCACCAAGAAAAUUACCGGAUUUGCCAGGUUUUGCGGCUGGAUCGCCCUACGGAUCUUCGUGAAUUAUGGCACACGAGAAGAAGGCUCAUAACGUCAUGUCUUUUUGUCUUUUUGGGAGGGUUUGCAAUGUAGGACAGAAGAGACUGGUUUGGUUACAAGGGUUUGCCACAUUAGUGUACUAUUUAUGGCCAUUUUAAACGAGCUUAGUGUAUCAGAGCUAAAUUAAAUUAGGCAUCUUGGGUUAUGGGGAUGAACAAGUCAAAAGUGAUUUCACC